GCCACAACCUGCACGGCCGCCUGGCGCCCGCCGUGUGGCGGUGCACGGAGGGGCCCGCGUGGGGCGGCGCCCGCGGCCCCGAGGGCGCCGGCAGGACCGCGGGGCCGCCCGCGGGCACCUUCUGGGUGCUCCAGCCAGUCGGCGGCGGGCCGCGGGACCUCGCGGCGGACGACAGGAAGAGGGACGGGAUGUACGAGGUGCCGCGCAGCUGCAUCGCGCAGUUGUGGUGUUCGAAGGGCGAGCACAAGGGUCACGUCCUCUCCUUCGUCUUCGCGGCGGGUGACGUGCUAACGGUCCACCCCAGCUUGGUGACAUGCCUCAAGAUGCAGCACCGGGCCGCGCCCACGGAGCGCAACCUGGUGAGCGCACUGAAGGUGGCCUCUGGCGACCAGAAGGCCGACCCCUCCCUGGUCAUCGACGGCGGCUGCGUCACGCUGGGCGACGCCGCCGCCCUCGCCGCCGACGGCAAGAGGCUGCUCGAGAGGGAGCGCACGGUCUUCCUGGACCUGGAGCUGGGCGGCGACGACCCGACGUUCCCUCGGCUGGACGCGUACGGCACGCCGGACGCCGCGCCGGGCGGUGGCGACGUGCGGGACGUGGUGGUGCUCAUGCGCCAGGCGAACGGGCGCGACUUCCCCCGCAACUUCCGCGAGAAGCUCGCAUCCGUUCUACUCGGCGGCUCCGCGGACGCCGCGGAGGGCAAGGAGGCCUCUGGCGACAAGAAGAGGCGCCCCAGGUGGUUGCGCGCGUCGCUGCCCCAGAUGAGCGUGCACGGCGGGGGCCUCGGCUCUUCCGAG